AAUGAUUCAACAUAACCUAUGAUGAAAGAUUUUGCAAGUUCAUUAUACUGAUAUUUAAUAAAAAAUCAGAUAAAAAAAUGAUAUGAGAUUACUCAUUGAAUCAACAAUUAUCUUUUAAAACUAGUUAUGUUUACAAUGGCUCGAUUAACAUCCCUAGGCUUUGUAAGUGCUGCAUUCGUAGCAUUACGCCUUUGCUCUCCGAAUGUAGCGACAAUGGCAACUACUACCAAUCCUGCAGAUUACGCCAAUGCAAAGUCCAUUUAUGACUUUUCUGCAAAAAAUAUUAAAGGAGAUACUGUUUCUUUAUCAAAAUAUAAAGGUCAUGUGUGUAUUAUUGUUAAUGUUGCCUCACAAUGUGGAUUAACUGCAAACAAUUACAAAGAAUUAGGAGAAUUGCAAGAAAAAUAUGGAGAGAGUAAAGGUUUGAAAAUUUUGGCUUUCCCUUGUAAUCAAUUCCUUAACCAAGAACCGGGUACUCCGGAAGAAAUUGUUUGCUUUGCUGCAGAAAGAAAUGCUAAAUUUGAUUUUUUUGAGAAAAUUGAUGUCAAUGGUGAUAAUGCACAUCCCCUAUGGAAUUAUCUUAAACUUAAACAGCCUGGAACUAUUGUGAAUACUAUAAAAUGGAAUUUCACAAAAUUUAUUAUUGAUAAAAAUGGACAACCAGUUGAACGGUUUUCACCAAAUGUUAGUCCUCUUGAAAUGGAGGAGACUUUAAAAAAGUAUUUUUAAGUCAAAUAAUAUGAAGAAACAAAAUAAUACUCUCUGCUCAUAAUUACUAACGAGCAUAUAGAACUCAAUAAAUAUAAUAGUAUACAAAAUAAAG